AUGCCACUGUCACCAUUCAUAAUUUCAACUGACCUUAAAACACCCAACACAAAAACUAUUUCUAUUAAAAAGAAGCUAUUUUCAUUUCAAUCACCAGCUAAGCAGAAAUCUAAAGACAAAGAACAAAGCUUACAAUAUACAGUAAAUAUUGUUACAGAGUUAAGCAUAAAAGUGAAUAAAAUUUUGUUGAACUUAAGUAGACAAGAAGAAAUGCUUAAAAAUAUCUUACAUAAAGUCCAUUUUAAUAACGAGAAUGAUGAAACUAUUAACGGUGAUGAUGCAAUUUUGGAAGGUUUUCCCAUAGACAAUCUUGAUUGUUUAAAAGAUAUUAAUAAUAAAUUAGCAAUUGAUAAAAUGUUUUGUAAGCAGUUGAUGAAAAUGUUAAAAGAGUUUCGUGGUUAUAGUGUUAGUAAAGUAACAAAAUCCAUAAUGGACACAAUAUUUACAAAUAAUCUUGGAAGUCAAAUGUCUCUCACUGGAAAAGGGCCAAUGAACAAAAAAGAGAAAGAACCACUUAAGAGCUCUAUGAUUUUCAAAGUUAUAACAGGAGUGAUUCUAAAAAAUGUCAAGGAUUCUUAUGUCUCAACUAUCAAUAAGGCGGUUUCUGGAUGGCUAAAACAUUCUAAAGAGCGCUAUCAAGGGGAUGUUCAUAAUAAUAAUCAUGUUAAUACAUAA